AUGUUCGAUGCUUAUUCGGUUACAGAGAUUUCAUCAAAUUUACCUUCGGAAGUCUCAACAUUAGCAUGUCAAAAAUCCUCUAAAACUGUUUAUGCCGGCAGCAAAGAUGGCAGUUUGUUCCUUUACACUCCAAGCAAACGAAGUUUCGAGCCCAUGUGCUGUCGUGGGUUCGCGAGGAAAGCAGUCAUGGAUUUGACAGUUUGUGAAGAGGAAGAGUUCAUCAUAUGUGUGUCAGAUGGAACAUUACGAGUUCAUAAUCUUGCCGAUACAAGCUUCCCAACCAUCAGUGUUUUGUAUAAAAUAAAGCCCGUCCAUAGUUAUGUGGUCAUGAAGUUAAAGGAUAAGAAUUCGAUAUAUUUUCUAUUGUCUUCAAAGAAGCGUUUGUCUUUAUUUAAAUGGAUAGGAUCAGAAGCAGGAUGUGAUAAUGAGUUCCAAGAAAUCAAGCUCAACUGUUCAUUAGCCUUUUCCGAUAAUCCUUCAAACUUGCGGUUUUGUCGUGACUUUGCCGUUUUCACUGUUCGUGACGAAUGCUUCAUUAUCCAAUUCAGAGAGAAAACGAAUAGCACAGGCGAGACCUGGUUAGGAGAAGUAACAAGGCUAUCAACUACCAUAGGUCCCCUAGUGGUUAUUGACCAGAAAAACCAAGGCUUGAUUGGUCUGUGUCGUGGAGAGUCUUUAGUAGUGUUCGAACCAGGGGAUAAAAACCUUGUGAAGUGUGAAGUCAAAUUCUCGGAUACUCCAAUUAGCAUAGCUUAUGACUCGCCCUUCUUGAUAGCAAUAUUAGGUAAAGGCCAAAUCGAGGUACAUUCUUUGAAUCCUCCACUACUCAUCCAAAGUAUAAAACUGAAUCGAGCCCAAUACGUUUGCAAUGGAACACUAGGACAACUCUAUGUCGGAAGUUCCAAAUGCUUAUGGGUGUUGGACUGUAGUGGAAAUGUGAAGAAGAUAGUGGAGAAAUUGAUUGAAGAAAAGCAUUUUGAUCUCGCCAUUCAAUUAGCUGAUGGAUCUAGUGUUUAUUCGGAAGAUCAGAGAAGCGAAAUGAAAAAACAGGCAGCUCUGAAUCUUUUCAAUCUGGGAAAAUUCGAAGAAGGCUUUGCACUUCAUAGAGAAAUUAAAACAGAUGUUAUCUCCAUCAUCAAGCUUUUCCCGGAACUGCUGCCCGAAAAAUACAGACAGAACGAGGAUAUUUUCAAAUUUCCUGCGAAUGUGAAGAAAAGAGCUUUGAUCGCUUUAAGCAAGUAUCUCUCUGAAAUUCGAACAGAGUAUACACAGAAGUUGGAUCAGAGCAGUAGAGGAAAAAAUAUUAAAAACCCAGUAGUUUUAACUAAAGAACAAGCUGAAAAAUUGCAAAUUGAGCUUCAAAUGGUUGAUACUACACUCUUAAAAUGUUAUUUGAAGACUAAUCCAAUGUUAGUAGACUCUUUGUUGCGUCUUCAUAACAACUCUUGUUUUUUCGAAGAUGCUCAGAAUAUUCUAUUGAGUGAAAAAAGGAUUUCAUCUCUCUUCAUAUUAUAUGAAACUAGGAAAAAGCACGAAAUGGCAUUGGAGUUGUUAUAUACUGAAAUGGAGAAACCAGAUCCUGAGCCAUUCUUCAAAGGAUCUGGAAGACUUAUUGAUUAUCUUCAAAGCUUAGGAAAUAAUCACUUGGAGCUCAUUUUCUAUUAUGCUGAACUUAUUCUCAAAAAAGAGAUUGAUGAUGGAUUAUCGAUUUUCAUUGGGGAGGAUUCUGAUGUUGCCAGAACUUUGGACAGAAGUCGUAUUCUGAAUUUCCUCACUGAGAACUGUAUCCAAGCUGUCGUUCCAUAUUUGGAACAUCUGGUCUAUGUUUGGAAUGACAACUCUCCCUAUAUUCACGAGAAUCUCGUCGAGCACUACGUGAUCAAAGUAAGAAACUUGAUGGAUGGAUAUACUCACACUUUCAGAGAUGAACAAGUUAUGGAUAAGGCGGGAGAAGAGCACGGGGAUUUGGGAAUUUAUCGAAAAAAACUCAUCAAGUUCCUGAAGUUCUCUGUUUCGUACAAUCCCCAAACCAUCUUGUUCCAGCUGAAGAAACAUCCUUUUUAUGAAGAAAGAGCUUUGAUCCUUGGACGUUUAAAGCAGCACGAACAAGCUUUGAACAUAUAUACUUCGGUUCUGUCAGAUUUUGGAGCUGCGGAACAAUAUUGUGAACUGUUCUAUGACAAGAACGAUCAAUAUGAUUCAAAAGUUUAUGUGCUUUGGUUCAAAUCAUACGUUUGCCCUUCCGAUUCUGCUGUGUCCGGUUUGACCGAACAUGUUCUGCCAGCUCCAGCCCCAGAUGUACAAAGUGCUGUUAAAAUUCUGGGGCUCUAUGCAGAUAAAAUAGAGACAAUUACGGCUCUUUCCAUUUUACCGACGGAUACUCCGUUGGCCAUGCUAUCGAAAGCUUUAAAUGCUGUUCUUCAAACAGUUCAUAAUGAAGCUACAGCUUAUUCUAUAAGAAGAGCGAUAUGCGAGGCAGCGGUAGAGAUGUCGGAAACGCGUUUGAAAAACGCUGAAAGUACUAAAAUAGUAGUAACCAAUUCUAGUGAAUGUAAAGUUUGUAAAAAGAAAAUCGGCAUUUGUGCCUUCGUUCGUUACCCCGCCGAUGGUAGCCUUGCCCAUUUUGGUUGUAGUAACCAACAGAAGAUAUAG